CGCGAAGGUGACAAAGGCAAAAGAUCGCCAAUAUGUCUUGCAGAAAAGCUGCCCAUGCUGGAAGUUGGUAUUCAGAUUCAAGUACAGAGCUAAGCAGACAAUUAGAUAAUUGGUUAAAUGCUGCGGAACUUAUACACGGUCCUGCAAGAGCAAUCAUUGCUCCGCAUGCUGGAUACCAGUACUGUGGAGCAUGUAGUGCUUAUGCGUAUCGACAGAUAAGUCCUGUUGUUGUGAAAAGAGUGUUCAUUCUCGGGCCAUCUCACAAUGUCAGACUUGCUGGGUGUGCCCUCUCUACUGCAGCAAAAUAUAUUACACCGUUUUAUGAUCUCACUAUUGACACACAAGUUUACUCUGAGCUUGAAGCUACGGGCCAAUUUGAAAGGAUGGAUAUGGACGUUGAUGAAGAAGAACAUAGCAUUGAAAUGCAUCUUCCUUAUAUAGCCAAAGUCAUGGCGGACUACAGGGAUAGCUUUACAAUAGUUCCUGUCCUCGUUGGUUCGCUGAGCUGGGAGAGAGAGGCCGCUUAUGGACGACUGUUUUCACGUUAUCUUGCCGAUCCACACAACCUCUUCGUUAUCUCGUCGGACUUCUGCCAUUGGGGGCAUCGUUUUAGAUAUACAUUCUAUGAUCCUGCUUACGGCGAGAUCCACCAGUCUAUAGCCAGGCUGGACAAAAUGGGAAUGGAUUUGGUCGAGACAUUGAAUCCAUCAGCAUUUACAGAUUAUUUAAAAAAAUUGGGUAACACGAUUUGCGGUAGACACCCAAUCGGUGUUCUUCUUCAGGUAAUUUUUAUUAUAGCUUUUCAAAAUAUUUCUGUGUUCCUUCUUCCUCCUUCGGCAUUAUGGCCCAUGAUGAACCUCAGCCUCAACAAUUUUCUUCCACUCAGACCGAUCCUCGGCCACUUCUAUCCAAUGUUUCAUACCCACUGAUCUCAAGUCUUAUUCUACAUUGUAGUCUAGACCUGUCUCUUCCUCUUUAUCUACCUGGACAUCCUUCCAUUAUCUGCUUUGGGAGUCCUUCGAUUCAUCCAAUAUAUGUGGCUUGGUCAUCUUAUUUUCCUCUUUUUAAUGCAAGAAAUUAUAUUAGGUUCC